AAAUUUAGGUUAGAUGCAAUUAGGCAUGGCUCGCGUGCUGCAUAUUUACCCGCAGUUGUGGUAUAUAGCUGCUCAUUGAAACCACUUUUUCUGCUAUCUGCGGCUCAUUUAGGCUUUGCUUUUAAUUAUUUUAAGGAAAUUUCGCUCCUUUUUGCGCAUGAACUUGCACUACAUUUCUCUCUGGAGUGAGGAGCGUGGCUUUGCGUGUGCGUGAGUGAGCCAGUGAAGUCAAGAAUUUGCGGAUUUUUUUUCCUGAUUUCUGCCUCGUGCUGCUUGUGGACACCUUGCAGACAGAGCACCUUGGGACGCAUUGUGUUAUUUAUUUUUCCUCCCCCUUAUACAUUUCAUCUCUUGGAGGCAUUCCUGCAUGCACAAAGCGCGUGUCGGAUGCACGGCUGGGUUUCCAGAGGUCUGCUCUGCUUCAGCACCACAUCAGCUUUAAACAGCUCCGGGUCGUCGCGUGCUGUGGAUGGGCUCUGUCGUCUCGUGCAGCUCCUAACUACAGGCAACGAUGGCAUCACCAGGGUUCUGGUCUCUUGGUGGAGAUAAUGCGGGGACCAACACCAACCCAGGCAACCAGAGCCCCAGUACAACCAGGGCUUGGUGCCAGGCAGCGGCCCAGAAAUUUCCAGGAGGACUUGGAUCGAAAUUAUGUGCGCUGCUGAAUGUCGGGGAGCUGGAGAAACCCGGCGAGCCGACCGAGAAGCAGCCGCCUCAGACAGAGACAGGCGGAACAUGCGGCUGCAACAAAUCCUGCAACUGCAGCAAAGCUGGUGUGGGCUUCUCUGAUCUCUAUUCAACAGACCUGUUACCCGCCAUGGACGGGGACGCCAAAACAAUGACCUUCCUGCAGGAAGUCGUGGAUAUUUUACUCGCCUACAUUGUGGAGUCUUUCGACCGGGAAACGAAAGUGAUUGAUUUUCAUUACCCGAACGAGCUGCUUCAGCUCAACAACUGGGAGCUGCAGCACGAGCCCGCCACCUUGGACGAUAUCUUGAUCAGCUGUCGCGCGACGCUGAAAUACGCCAUUAAAACAGCCCACCCCAGGUACUUCAAUCAGCUCUCUACAGGAUUAGACAUGGUCGGACUGGCAGCCGAUUGGCUAACAUCAACCGCAAACACCAACAUGUUCACCUAUGAAGUGGCCCCCGUCUUUGUGCUGCUGGAAUACGUCACUCUGAAGAAGAUGAGGGAGAUUAUUGGCUGGCAGGACGGGCGAGGAGACGGCAUUUUCUCUCCUGGUGGUGCUAUUUCCAACAUGUACGCCAUGCUGCUGGCUCGCUUCAAGAUGUUCCCUGAAGUGAAGGAGAAAGGAAUGUCAUCUGUUCCCAGACUGGUGGCCUUCACAUCUGAACAUAGCCACUUCUCAAUCAAGAAAGGGGCAGCAGCUCUUGGCAUCGGGACAGAGAGUGUGAUCUGCAUCAAAGCAGAUGAAAGCGGUAAAAUGAUCCCAGCUGACCUUGAGAGGAGAAUACAGGAGGCCAAACAGAAGGGUUUCGUCCCUUUCUUUGUGAGUGCCACUGCUGGAACAACCGUGUACGGAGCCUUUGACCCUCUUAUUGCCAUCUCUGACAUCUGCAAAAAGUACAACGUCUGGAUGCACGUGGAUGGUGCGUGGGGAGGAAGUCUGCUCAUGUCCAGGAGACACAGGUGGAAGCUGGACGGGGUUGACAGAGCCAACUCAGUGACAUGGAACCCACACAAGAUGAUGUCCGUCCCUCUUCAGUGUUCGGCCCUGCUGGUCAGAGAGGAGGGUCUUAUGCAGAACUGCAACCAGAUGCACGCCUGCUACCUGUUCCAGCAGGACAAACACUACGACCUGUCCUACGACACCGGAGACAAAGCGCUGCAGUGUGGACGCCACGUGGACAUCUUCAAACUGUGGCUGAUGUGGAGAGCCAAGGGCACCAUCGGGUUUGAGGCUCAGAUUGACAAGUGUUUGGAGCUCUCAGAGUAUCUCUACAACAAGAUCAAAGACCGAGAAGGAUACGAGAUGGUCUUUGAUGGAAAACCUCAGCACACCAACGUCUGCUUCUGGUACCUCCCUCCUGGGAUCCGCUACAUGGAGGACAAAGAGGAGAAAAAGAAACACUUGCACAAGGUGGCUCCGGUGAUAAAAGCCAGGAUGAUGGAGUACGGGACGACCAUGGUCGGCUACCAGCCACAAGGGGACAAGGUCAACUUUUUCCGCAUGGUGAUCUCAAAUCCCGCUGCUACCUUCGAGGACAUCGAUUUUCUUAUUGAGGAGAUUGAACGACUCGGCCAGGAUCUAUAAGACUCAUCUCACCAAAUCCUCCCGUACUUUUCCCCUUGACGGAUGAAUUGUUUGUCGUGAAUGUACCGGUAAACUUUUUCUUUUCUCUCUCUUUCCUCCAAAGUCACAUAUUUAAGAGUAUAUUUGAGAAAAAAAGAUAUAUCCAUAUAUUAUGUAUUGUAGCUUUGCUGUGGGCUGAAUUGGUCCAAAGCUAUGUAAAAGUGCUUCUGUCUGCCUUUCCUAUAGUGUAGUAUAUCUGAGAGUAGUGUAAGUGAUGUAACUUUAUAUGUACUUUUUGUGAUAUGAAACGCUUGUGCAAUAGGUCGAUGAGGAAGAGUUUAUUUUUGAAUCAUUUCUCAUUUGCCGAGUAUGUCGUUAAGUGCCAAACGUGGUUGUGUUUUCUCGUAACUUUACAUUUUAAACUUCUGGUUUAAAAACAAAAAAAGCACUUCACCUUACCUCAGCUUAAUCAACUGCCUUUACAUCCACACAUAGUCCUUCAAGCAGUGAUUUCAGACCCCUCGACUGGUGAUGUAUAAUGGUACCGGCACAUUCAGUAAGCGUCCCAUUUCCCAGUUGAGGCCAGAAAAUGUACAAAAACACCAACAAAGUGAUUCCCAUCAAAUUUACACCACGGCAACGUCAAUUCAAAGCAUUUAACUCGCAUGUAUCAUGCAGCACGUCGGCCUUUUACAGUUUGCUCUGCAGCUUAGGAUGCUAAUUUAGUAUUGUUGCUCAUGAACACUUUCUACUCUUUUUACACACACUUCUUUUGAGAGUGUUUAAAGUGGUAAAGCUUGUUAAACCCAUUUUGUUUGAUGUCACCAGCUACACGCACAUAUCAAAAUGGGCACCAUUUCCAACCAGACUGUAUAUUUAGCCAUGCUGAGUCGCUUUCAUGCUGUAAUUAUGAACAUGUGAAUAACUAACACAUUCUGAGGUGAGCAAAGUUAUAAUCCUUAUGAUUACUUAGUUUCAAACACAAGUUAAAUAUUUUAGUACAACUAAUGGAUCAAAUUCAAACAAAUACAAAGUAUGAAUUAGCUUUUUAACCUCUUCUUAUUUUGUGAAAGUGGAGUGUUGGAGGCGGAGCUUGGUCACUAAAUGGGCAAAGUGGGCAGCUGCCACUGUCACCUGGUCCAAGACCCCAAUCGGCCGCCAAAGCCAUUUCUACACUGAAGCAGUUCACAGUUCAAAAUGAGCUUUAUUAAAGAGAGAAAGGAGAAUCCCCAGUUUAUAUCUUCCAAAGGUUACUUCAAGCCUAGUUCCAAACUUCUAUGGUCCAGGUUUGUAUUGACCUGGAGUUUUACCCACUUAAAGCACCACAAACAGACAAAUACAUGUUCUAGCAUGGGACUGGUUGCACUGGACCAAUAUGAACUCGUAGGCAACAGGGUAUAUUUGCAUCACAACGAAAGCACAGUAUCAAAUUCUCAUCUCUAAUGCAGCCUUAACAGAUAGUUGCUUUAUGACCCAAAGGCAGAACAAUGCAAAACCAAAUAUUGCCACGAUCCCUCCACAGCUAGCAAUGCACAAAUGCUAAAUAUAUAAUGACAUUAUCUGCCAAUAAUAAAACCCACAGGUGUCCUUAAAUCAACCAGAACAUGAAUCUUAAGGAUUAUAACUUCAAAGAUGAAAAACCUCUCAUCUACAAAACUUACAAUAAGAGACUCUGUCUGCGGUUUUGAUGAGCACUUAGUGAGAGAUCAAAGAUCUUAAGGGACUGAGGGAGGGGCAAUAAUCAUAGACUGUAUCAAAGAAAUGGACGUAGCCAAUGUGAUGUGGUCCGCCAAUUUGUGGAGCAUCAAGUUUGGCAUUUUUACCAGAUGCCAUUGUGGUUUGGGAGGCAGAAAUGACCAUAUUUGGAUGAAAGGUGGAUUUCCUGAUUGAGAGGUUGCCUUGGUAGUAACUUGUCAAUCACAUUUAGCCACGCCUUCAAACCCACGCACUAUUGACCUCAAAAUGAGACCACAUCAUUUGCAUGAAUGCAUUUGGACAAUUAUUACUGAUAUUGUAAAUUAAGAGAGCAGAAGUCUAAUUUCCUAUUGAUCUAAAUAUAAUUGUGCUUCCUGUUCCAGCUAGUGAAGACGCCCCCUGUUGGUCGUUUGAAAUAAUGCAUGUUCAAGGCUUCUCUUUUCAGAAGCAAGGCUACAUCCACUUCUUUUAUACAAUCUGUGUAAUGAUGUUGUUUCGUCUUGAAACAGGAACAUGUACAACUACUGUAUACCUGACAUCACUUGCACUAAAUCAUUGGGGAGGAAGAGUGCCCCCUACAGCAUUGCAGUUGAGAUUUUGUCUUUAGUCAUUCACAAGCAAUACUUCAGUAUGGGUCCAAUCUAUAUAUAAAUAUAUACAUAUAUAUAAAUACAUACCCUGCAAAAUAUCUAAACAAACAGUGAGUUCAUGUGUACAAUAUUUAAAAGAUAAUCAAGUUUCCUACUUCGCUCAGUAGUUAGCAUAAACCUAAAAAUCAUGCUUAUUGUAGGCAGGUUAGUCGUUGGAUGUGAACCCUGAUCGAACACGCAGUGGUUCUGUAGCAUUCCCAUUAGAACACGUUAGAAAAGCACAAUCCGGUCGCUCAGUGUACAAUCACUUUUGAUCAUAGACUGUAAAUAGUAUUUCAAGAUGUCCUAAGUACAUAUCUUUGUGUAUACAUAAAUGUAUAUAAGACAUAUAACCAGAGACUAUUUGUGAGGUAAAGUUAUUCAUAUUUUCUCUAUCUCUAAUAUAGAUUACUUGUAUUUUCAUCUUGUUUGUCCAGAAGGCUUUUUUCCUGUGUGUGUGUGUGUGUGUGUAUGUCAGAUACUUGACCUGGUUUGUGACUCUUCUUGCUAUUACAAAGAAAACGUGUUUCAGGGAGUGGCUUUAAAGAAAACAGAAAGAUUUCACCUUGAGGUUCUUACGAGGUCUUGGGAUUUAAAACGAAUAUGCAAAGCCAUUCUGAGUCUGAAGCACUCUGUUUUUCGUGCACAAGUGAUACUUGACGGUAUGUGCCAAUGUGUACCUUAGUGUGUUUGUAACUGUGUUGCCUUAGUAUAAAUUUGCCCGUAUUGUCUAGUUUUCCUCCGAGCGGGGAGGUUGUGCACUUUAGAGUUGACCUAAUAACGUGCAAUGUCCAAUGGUUGUUCAUAAGUUGAUGUUAAGAAAAAAUACUCUGAAAUGUAACUUAAGCUCUUCGGUCUGAAUGUGAAUGAAUCGAGGGUCGCUUUUAAAAUGUUAGGUGUUUCAGUUUUUGAUGAUUGUAGAUAUUUUAAAGCUCACAACUAUUGCUUGUAUUUAAAGAUGAACAACACGCUGACAACUCCUCCUGUUGCACAAAAGUGAAGCCAAAAUACACCCCCGUUAUGAGCUGUGCUGGUGACUUAAUUUCGAUGCAGGACUUGCACGGCAGGGAUUGGCUGGUGGAGCCUUUGUAUUGACUUGUCAGCCAAAAUACACCAUGAAUGAAGAAAUGAACAAUUGGACAUAAAUCAGCACAAGAAAUUUCUAUAAUGUUCAUAAUUACUUGACAAUCUGUACUCCUGCCAGUCACCAGGGGGAGCUCUUAAUGUUUUGUCUUCACUUCAGGGGAGCUGUCCUGACUUUGUCCAUCUCUUUUAUACAGGUUUUGGUCCAAACAGAGAUUAUUAGCUUUAUAAUUUAUAUACUUAUAGAUUUAUUGAUCUGAAUCCUGUCCUUGUCAAUUUGGGGUCCACACCAUAACACAGACAACAUCCAGUUCAUCACAGCAACAGACGAGCCUCACUGUGGUAGUCUCAGAAAGACAACAUGUUAACCUUCUUGCUGCUGCUGCUGCUGCUGCUAGACUCGCUUCCUUUGCACGUGCAUGCGAUGCCUUGCCUAUCCAGCUUGUGUGACCGUCUCCUAUAUACCUAUUUCUAUCUAUAAAUAUAUAUAUAUAUAUAUACAUACAUAUAUCCAGUACGUGUAGCUUUGUAAUUAGCCUGUCUGAUGUAUAGCCUAUAGCCUGUAGAUUAGUGCACUGUCGCUCUAGCCUUUACAUGUGAUCUCUGUGUCUUGGGCUUCCUGUAAAGUUCUCUCCGUGCCGCCAGCAUGCUAACCUCGCCUAGCAUUGUAAUCCUCUUCGCGCUUGAUCUGACUAUCUCUAUCCUCCGUCUUUCUCUUCUGCUUGAAGACUGUCGCAGCUCCGAACGUAGCCUAUUAUAUCUCUAUGUGUAGUCCCUCAGCAUGUCUCUAUGGAAGCUUUUCUCUGCUCUGCGCCUGUACGACCUUUUCUAUCUUUCUCUUCUGCUUUUCGCCCUCUGGUAGCAGUGACGACGUAUCCUCGCAGCGCUUCUCUCUCUCUCUUGGCUACCCUGCUGUGGUUCUGUUUGUGUGUCUGAGACGGCGUGUUGUCGUGUCAUGGUGCCAAAAUGUCACCUUUGUUAUUUUUAAGACCCUUGACUUUAUGGAAGAAACAGAAUGAACAGGACUUAGAUUUGAUUGUCCAAAAACUUGUUUAAUACAAGUGUUGUUAGCCUUUAACACAGAUGUUCAGAUAAAAAAAUACACCCUGGUUUCUUGCUUACAGGAAUUAUUGUUUGAUUAUGAGAACAGUUGAAUCACUUGUACUCAGAGUGCGGUAAAUUUCACUGAAUAUGGUGCGAUUUUGAAUCAUAUAUUCUGCAAACUGCUGUGCUAGCUUCUCUGAAACAUUCAUUUGUCCUGAACUAUAUGUUACUGUUGGGAAAUAGAAAUAAAUAUUGUCAA